CCGAGCGCACGUCACAUAUCCUCAUCCUGCUUCUGAGGAGCGUAAAUCCGCAUAUAUUCAUGAAACCCAAAAUCCACAAGCUGAAGAGGGCCGGCUUCGAGGUCUUCACACUGGUCUAUGAAGCACCGCGGAAAUUUGAGCUGGAGGAAGUGGCGUCGUACCCAGCGGAGUGGCACUCAUACAUCCGGAGCAACUUCCAGGACAGCGACGGUGCCGCUGACGCCCUCGUGAGAUCCGUGUGUCGGAGUCUUGAGGCGAAGGAACACAUAGCAAAGAAAGAGCUUCUGUCUGAGGUUCGGCUGGCUGGUGGAAAUGGACCUUGUCAAGGUAGGGUGGAGCUGCUCUACAACCAGACGUGGGGCACCCUGAGUGAUGAACACUGGGACAGACGAGCUGCUGACGUCAUCUGUAGACAACUGAAGUGUGGCCCCUCGGUGGAGGCUCUGAAAGGAGACACUUUUGGGGCCGGCGCUGGCCAUGUCCUGGAGAAGGUGGAUUGUACCGGGGACGAGGGGGACGUUUCACAGUGCUUGUUGGGAGCGUGGACCGAGAGAGACCAGGAAAGAAGCCGGCACAGUGCUGGGGUCACCUGCCUAUCCUCCGGAGUCAGCGGGGUCAGGCUGGUGAAUGGAUCCGGUCGCUGUGACGGGACUGUUGAGGUGUCUGUGGACGAUGAAUGGAGAAGGAUAUCCCUGUGGAACUUCGACCUGCGGGAGGGAGCCAUCAUUUGCAGAGAGAUGGGCUGUGGACCGCUGGUGAAGGUCCAAGAGGUCUUCUCCACUCUUGGCACCAAGACUAUAGAAAGAUCCCGAUGUUUUGGGUCAGAGUCCAAGUUUUCAGAGUGCAGAAUCAGCCUGUGGAAGGCCGAUGCCAACCAGCUGGACAUCCAUGCUGCCGUGGUGUGUUCAGAGACAGCACUCUCCAAGGUGUCAUUGGCUGGGAAGAGUGGCCCUUGUUCCGGGAAGGUGAAGGUCUUCUACAAUGACCUGUGGAGCACGGUCUGUGCCAUGGAGUGGGGCGCAGCUGAAGAAGCUGUACUCUGCACGCAGCAGGGGUGCGGCCCAGCACUGGAAAUGGUUGAUGUCAAGAAGGUGGAUCUGUCAAGGGCUGCAACUCCACAGACACAUUUCCGCAACCUGCACUGCAGCGGCUCCGAGGCGCAUCUGUCACAGUGCAGCGCCGUCGUGUCCAGCGGAUACAAAUGUUACUCUGAGGAGGCCACGGCCACGUGUUCACAAGCAGUGGUCUCAGAGGUCAGGCUGGUGGACGGUCGGCAUUCCUGCUCUGGACGGGUGGAAGUCUUAUUUAAGAAGAAGUGGGGUACGGUGUGUGACCAGCACUGGGACCUCUCUGAUGCUGAGGUGGUCUGUAGAGAGGUUGGCUGUGGUCCCGCAGUGGAGGCGCCCGGAGGGGCGUAUUUCGGCCCAGGAUCUGGAACCAUUUGGCUGGAGAAGGUGUUCUGCAAUGGUACGGAGUCUGCUCUGUCACACUGCGGAGCCGUGGUGUCCAGGAAGAACCUCUGUGUCCACUCCCAGGACGCCUCCGUCAUAUGUAGAGUCAGCGUGCUCCCCCGACACUUCUGUCUCAGAAAUAUUCCUGGACAGCAAAGAUUUUCCAGCAUGCUGAUCAUUUCCAGAAUCAUGACCAGCGUGGCCGACCUAAACCUGACACGCAGCUCUGCCGUGAUGAUGCGGGAGGUCCGGGCACUCUGGAGGACUACCAGUCCAUGA